CAGAAGACAAAAACAAGUGAAGUUGGGCUCCCAAAAGAAACAACCACAAAUCUGAACAACAAGGUGGAGCAGGAACUAAAGUAUUUCCUCAUAAUGUGAAGCUGUUGUUAAUCUGUAUGAACCGCUCCUUCGGUCGGUUUCCUUUAGUUACUGAACUAAUGCAUUUACAAUGGGUGCUAAUGUAUCCCAACUGGAGAGGGAUAUAGGAGCGGACCAGUUCCCUCCGAAUGAACAUUUCUUCGGACUAGUCAAUUUUGGAAAUACAUGCUACAGUAACUCAGUUCUUCAAGCACUAUAUUUCUGCAAACCAUUUAGAGAAAAAAUUUUGGAAUACAAAGCAAGAAAUAAAAGAACAAAAGAAACAUUAUUAACAUGCUUAGCAGAUUUGUUCUACAGCAUAGCAACUCAAAAGAAAAAAGUAGGAUCUAUUGCACCCAAAAAAUUUAUAGCAAGACUGCGUAAGGAAAAAGUUGAAUUUGAUAACUACAUGCAACAAGAUGCUCAUGAAUUUCUAAAUUUCCUUAUCAAUCACAUAAAUGAGAUAAUAUUAGCUGAAAGACCUCAGAAUUCCAAUAGCAGGCACAAAUCUGGUAAUGGUGAUUCUGUUAGUUCACAAAGUGAACCAACAUGGGUUCAUGAAAUAUUUCAAGGAAUUUUGACAAGUGAAACUAGAUGUCUAAAUUGUGAAGCUGUCAGUUCCAAAGAUGAGGAUUUCUUUGACUUGCAAGUGGAUAUUGACCAAAAUACUAGCAUCACACACUGCUUAAAGUGCUUCAGUAGCACUGAAACAUUAUGGGGUGACAACAAAUUUAAGUGUGACAAUUGUGUUAGUUACCAGGAAGCUCAGAAGAGAAUGCGAGUAAAAAGAUUACCAAUGAUCCUAGCAUUACAUCUGAAGAGGUUCAAAUAUAUGGAACAGUACAAUAGACACAUAAAAGUAUCUCAUAGGGUGGUUUUUCCAUUAGAGCUGCGUCUUUUUAACACCUCCGAUGAUGCUGUUAAUCCAGAUCGCUUAUAUGAUUUAGUUGCUGUUGUAAUUCACUGUGGAAGUGGUCCAAAUCGUGGCCACUACAUCAGUAUUGUCAAAAGCCAUGGCUUCUGGUUGCUCUUUGAUGAUGACAUGGUUGAUAAAAUUGACUCCUCAGCAAUAGAAGACUUCUACGGAUUAACGUCUGACAUCCAAAAGUCCUCUGAAACAGGAUACAUUCUGUUCUACCAGUCAAGGGAUGUGCUUCCCUGACAUAGACCAAAUCUACAGAAAAUAAUAGAUAAUAUUUGUUGAGUUUCAUUGUUAAGAAAUUUAUUUAUGACUGGUAGCUAAACAUUCCUUCAAUUGAGCUUUAAGUUUUUUGUCAUCAAUUCAUGGAGUCCAAUAUUUGGGGGAUUUAAUUGUUGCAUUGCCUUAUGCACAAACAUAAAUCCACAGAAAAAAAAAUUGCCUGAAAUUAGCUAAGGACUCAAGGGCUUAUUGGAAGACAUCCAUUGUUGGUGACUACUGUUCCAUCGUUAGCAUAUUGCUAAAAAGCAAUAUUUUUUAAGGCUGUGGUCCCUGUUAGUUGCCAUAAAUAAGGUAUGAGCCAUGAGAGUGAAUUUCCAAAGGCUUGCUGUAGUAAGCUGUAAACCUUGCACUUUCAUGUGUUGGAAGUUGAUUGCUUCUUUGACCUGAAACGUAACUCAAUGCUGCCUUUGUAUGAUUUCUUGCUUGUUGAAGUGUUGUGAAAUUUUAAAGUGGGCUUAAGUGUAAGACUCUGUUAAUGAUCAGCAACGGUUGCAAGUUUUGUUCUUUGACGAUGAAAAACACAUGUUCGGUUUGGCUGGAGCUUUUUGCUGUACCGUACUUCGAGUUUCCUUUCUGUAUUUUCUGUUUUGUAGUCCAUGAGCUUAGGUCUUCCAAUUGUGCUCUUUGAUAACGUCUUUUUAUUGACAUUAGUGGAUUUUGUUCUUAAAAGUUGGUAAUAAUAAUCCUCUCCUCUGUAGUUUUUCUAAAAUGUUAUGUUUUUUAAAAAAAUAAAGUAAAUAGGAAGUUAUAAAAAUUCUGUUAGCAAUAACACGCUACAUAUCGAUUGCCUCAUCUAAGUACUGUUUGCCCUCUCCUCAGUAGUUCUGACAUUAUUGAUGAUUUUUUUUUCUCUUUUGUAUCCUUCUAUGGAGUCAUGUUUAGUUCUUCCCAUUGCUGAGUAAUGCUAUUUGGAUGACCUUGACUCAGAGACCAUUGAGAACAGCACCUUCAUGUAUGUCAUCAUUGCAUUUUAUUGUCCUUGUAAAGGUGCUUUCAUAAUGGACAUGCCAGUUCUCAGGCCUAAAUAAUUAUACAAUCAGAUGUCUUUCCUAAUUUUUUGCAGUUUUCACAAUGCCAGAACCAGAGGAUUUGUGAUGUAUUUUUUAGGAUUGCCAUAGAAGAAGUUUUUGAGUGCUAUAAAUGCCAUCAGAGUACAUGGACAGAAAGUGUGGACGUUUCAGUUCAGGUUUUCUAAAUAGAUCCUAAAUUACUGUUCUGCAAAAGUGCCUUUGCUGUUGUUAGGUGGUGUUUUGAUAGAAUUUGCAGAAAGUUCCAAUUUCUUAUGGUUGAUCUUUUACUUUAUUUUAUGUCAGACAUGAAUGAGUCUUGCAUUCAUGGAACUCUCCUUCAUGGCAUUUUAAUACCAAGUCUCACAUCCACUCUGGGCUUUUUCAUUUCGUAAAAAAAAACAAAAAAAAAACAUUGUCUUCACUAACAAGCUGAAGUUUUAUAUUUGGUUUUAAUAGUACGGCAAUAAAAUCCUGGGGGUGUUUGUGUGAAACAAAUUUAGAAAGACAGUUUUGCAAAACUGUAGGUCUCAUUGGUAGUUAACCACUGGUUUGGUAGGAUCUACAGUUUUGCACAACUGUUCUAGUCUUAAGUACCAGUUAACUUUGAACUGUUUGAGGCUGUUAGUUGUUCAAUGCCUCCAGUUGGCUGAGCCCAGCUCUGUGUAUGGUGCACAUUCAUGUGAUAUAAUCACUCCGCAUGUGUCAGUUUCAGACUAAGAACCCACUUUCUUUGACUUUCAGUAGUAAUAAUCAGGGGAGAAAUGAAUAAGGCUGAUUUAAAACUGAUGCUCUUGUUUCAGAAUGUAAGUAGAAAGUAUUAUUUAAAAAAUGUUUUGAAAAAUCAAAUAAAAAUGUCUGGGUCUUAAAGGAGCUGUAGUACGUAUUUGAUUUCCUCUGAUUGCGUGAUUAUAAGCAUUCAUUGCCUUUAUAGAAAAGGUACUUGUACUUAUUCCCUAAAUUUUGUUCAUCAGUAAUACCGAUUUAUGCCUAGUGCAGCCAUUGUUAAGCCUAAUUAAAAUAUCAAGGAAAAGAAAUUUGGUAUGAAAUGAAACUGCUGUGUGAAUGAGUCCCUUAUGUUGUUCCAGUAACCUUGAUUGCCAUGCUCAACUCCUUAACACCUCUAGUGUUCAUUCAUGAAAUGUGGACUUGACUUACUAGGAUUUAAAGUUAGCUACUCUGUUACCUUCUGAUAAGAAUUUAUUUGAUGUGUUGAGUCUGAUCAAUGUUUUAUGUCAUCUCCUACACACUUGUGCUGGUAUAGAUCACAAUCAUGGACUUUCCUUUCUUUUUCAAUUUACAUAUGUACUGAAAUGAAGAUAUUUGAUAUUUA